CACCUUAGUUUUGAUGGGAACCUUCCUCAAGAUCAUGUAGAGUUCUGAAGACCAGUGAAACAUCCAAAAGGUUCCUAGAAGGGAAGGCUCUCCCCAGCAGAGGUCGGCAGGGCCAUCCCCCGCCCUGAGGAGCAGCCAGCCCAGCAGCUCUGCCAUUCUCAGGGUGCUUCCCGGGCGUGGGGCUGUCAGAAACAUCUGGAUGGACCACCAGACCAGGCAAGCCUUGUUUCCCAGGAGAACCAGGAGGAGGACAAUGAUUGCCAACCUUUUUUUCUUCCGAUCUGAGCUCCCGCCGACUGUGCAAAGACAGCACUUCCAGUCACCCUUGCAGUUGGCACCUGGGACAGAUGGAGUCCACAGAGACCACCAGCUCUGACCACAGAGUGGUCAGGCGGGCCAGCAGUGCUGGCGAGAGCAACACGUGCCCUCCGGAAAUAAGAAUGCGGGACAAGGGUGGCUCUCAGUACAGUCCCCGAGGGGAACUGCAGAAUUACCCUGACACAAAAGGGCAGGACGGAAGGACACCCUUCAGGUCAUCUACAGAGUUGACUAUGGAUGACAUAGACCAUGUACAUGGUAACACAAGUUCUGAGGACUUAAAACUCAUGGUUGCUCCAUGGGAAGCAGCUCAAUCUGUUGCACCCAAAUCAGCCAGGGAUUCUGUUCGACCCCAGAGCACCCCAGAGCUGGCCUUCUCCAAAGGGCACACUGACCACGAGAAGAGCCCUCUGCACACAAAGAGAGGGGGGCCUCCGACAGGUCGGCAGGUGUCACACCAGAGCUUACAUGAACCUGAGGUCGUGGAGGAGAAGAGCUAUGACACCAUCUGGCUCCCAGACCCACCCUCACUGGACUUCAACUGCAGCAGCCUCAUGCGCCCCAGGAGGAGCGCUUUCCUGGGCCUGGAGGCCAACCUCACAUGCUGCCACGGCCUGCGGCCCCUCGCGUCCCAGGACAGCCUCCAGCUCAGCAAGGACAAGAUCCCCUACCACCAGCGACCCUUGGACAACAACUGCUUGAGUUUGCUGUAUAACUCCUUCAGCUGAAACUUGUCCAUAGCUGAUAAGUCUACAUCUGAUAAACUGUCGGAAGAGGCAGACGAAAUCUGGAAUGAUCUAGAGAAUUACAUCAAGAAAAAGGAAGUCAAGGCUA